AUAAUCUCGACAUUCCUAGAAGGUACCUUACCUACCUACUACCUAGGUAAAGGUUGAAUUCAAAAGCACAUAUACCCAUCAGCCUUCCCAUAUACCCGACCUCCCUUGAGAGCACACCCGAGACCAGCUUACAUCACUAACAAUUCGUGCGGCCUCGAACAAUCGCCCGCCUACCUCCUACGUUCAGCGCAACAGUGUCGUCCACGCCAUUCCAUCAUGCCUUUCCAAUCUCCCUCAUGGGUGCCGGCAUUGCCAGAGAUCCCCGAUUCCAUUUCGGUGGAGCGCUUCAUGUUUGACGAGAACUAUGGCCGAUUUCCACUGGGCUACUCGAAGCCGCCCUUCGUCUGCGCCCUCAGUGGCAAGUCGUACCCUGCGCUAGAAGUGAAAGAGCGUGUCGAUUACCUCGCUCGAGCAUUGUGUAAAGAGUUUGGCUUCAAACCGAACGAAGGGUCAGAAUGGGAUAAGGUCAUUGCCUGCUUCAGUCUAAAUACCGUCGACUACCUCACCCUGGCCUGGGCUGUACACCGAAUAGGAGGAGUCUUGACUGCUGUCAAUGCAGCAUACAACGCGCGCGAGCUGGAGUACCAGAUGAAGGACUCUGGAGCCAAGGCCAUCUUCACAUGCUUGCCGCUUCUUCAGACGGCCAAGGAUGGGGUCCAGAAGUCGAAGAUUCCGAACGACAGGAUAUAUCUCUUGCCUGUGCCAGAUGCGAUCACUGGAGGGGCGAAGAAUCCUGGACACAAGACGAUUGAAGACCUCAUUCAAGCAGGCAAGAGGCUCGAUAGAAUUACACCCACCGAUGAGAGUUGGUCCAAGGGACAUGCCAAGGAACGAUGUGCGUUCCUAUGUUACAGUAGUGGUACAUCGGGCUUGCCCAAAGGAGUCAUGAUCUCGCACUAUAAUGUCAUCGCCAACACGAUUCAGAUGAAUACCCACGACAAGCUCGAUCGAGAGGCGAUGAAAAAGCAGACGGAAGACACCCAUUACACCGAGAACUGCCUUGGUCUGCUGCCCAUGUCUCAUAUCUACGGGUUGAUUGUCAUCUGCCACGUGGGAAUCUGGAGGGGUGACGGCGUGGUGGUACUACCCAAGUACGACUUCAAGUGGUUGCUCACGGCAAUACAAGAACACAAGAUCCGCAUGUUGUACCUCGUGCCUCCCAUGAUCAUUCACAUGACCAAGGCCAAGGACACAUUGAAACAAUUUGAUCUGUCGAGCGUGCGUGCGUGCUUCACCGGCGCGGCUCCUCUCGGAAAGGAAACUGCGGACGAUCUGGCUCAGAUUUACCCCGACUGGAAGAUUUGUCAAGGAUAUGGCCUCACCGAGACAUCCACGGUAGUAUGUGCCACCACCACCUCCGACAUCUGGCUCGGUAGCUGUGGAUCGCUUCUUCCCGGCAUUACAGCGCGACUCGUGACGGUCGAAGGCAAUGAGAUUACGGGACACGACCAACCUGGCGAGCUUUGGGUGAAAUCUCCCGCGGUCGUACUUGGAUAUCUGAACAAGCCACAAGCCAACAAAGAGACCUUCAUCGACGAGCCCGAUGGAAGAUAUAUGCGCACGGGAGACGAAGCCGUCAUUUCCAAAUCCCCCUCCGGCCACGAACACGUCUUCAUUGUCGAUCGCAUCAAGGAACUCAUCAAAGUCAAAGGCCAUCAAGUCGCCCCUGCGGAAUUGGAAGCACAUCUCCUCACUCAUCCUUCGGUCAAUGACUGUGUAGUGAUUGGCAUCCCCUCCGAUCGCGAAGGCGAAGUUCCCAAGGCGUUUGUGGUCAAGCAUCCCGGUGAGAAGGCAGAUGAUGCGACGUUGCGGAAAUCCAUCACCAAGUACGUCGAGGAUCACAAGACCAGGUACAAGUGGCUCGCAGGCGGGCUGGAAUUUAUCGAUGUGGUGCCCAAGUCGCCUUCGGGAAAAAUUCUUCGGCGCUUGAUGCGAGAUCAGGAACGGGCGAAGAUGAAGAAGGAAGGUGCGAAGCUGUGAGCGUGUCUUUCUCGCGUCCUCCGUCCAUCUUGAGGAGAGGGGGAAAGCAACAUGUGUAGCAAGCAAUCCUGUCGUGAGUUUAUUGUGUAAGGUAUUGUCAUUAUUACCGCGUCUGGAUUCGCGCUUGUUUGUCUUUCCAUCCAGAUAUUCGAGCGAUAUGUAUGUAAUCUCCUGUAAAGAAAAUACCUUGUGCAAAG